UACUGUGUUGUACAGUAGCGAGUGUGUAGAGCUGACUCGGCCUAUCGCAUUUAUUGUGCAUUUAUUUGCGUCAAACAUGUAAAUCCGUUGACAGGAAAUCCAGAGGAAACAUUGCGCAUCCGGUGUAAAUUACCUCCAGGGGUGGGGUCACGAGUGUGACCGUUGUCAUUCUUUAUACAACAAACACGUUGACAAGUGAUGUCAAUCGCGUGAAGGACAAAGACACAAAGAACGCGGUCAUGACUCGACCUAUCGUGCCAAGCCAGCAAAAGCUGGCUGAGAAACUGACCAUUUUGAACGACAGAGGUAUCGGUAUGCUAACGCGUAUUUACAAUAUCAAAAAAGCUUGUGGUGAUGCCAAAUCGAAACCUGCCUUCCUUUCCGACAAGGCGUUGGAGUCUUCCAUCAAGACCAUCGUCAGGAAGUUUCCUAAUAUAGAUAUAAAAGGACUGCAGACCAUUACGAACAUUCGUAAUGAGAUAAUCAAAUCUCUGUCGUUGUACUAUUAUACAUUCGUUGACUUGUUGGAUUUUAAGGACAACGUGUGCGAGCUCUUGACCACUAUGGACGCGUGCGGUGUUCACAUGGACAUCACGAUUAAUUUCGAUCUGACGAAAGGCUAUUUAGAUCUUGUUGUUACGUACAUCAGUCUGAUGAUUCUUCUGUCAAGAGUCGAAGAUCGCAAGGCGGUGCUAGGGCUUUUCAAUGCGGCUCAUGAGAUGGUACACAGUCAGUCGGAUCCCAGUUUUCCUCGCUUAGGGCAGAUGAUCAUGGAUUACGACGCUCCAUUGAAGAAACUCUCGGAAGAAUUUGUGCCACAUUCUAAAUUAUUAAAAAAUGCGCUGACAUCUUUGUGGCCAAUUUAUCCUGGCAGGAACUUGACCGCUGACACAUGGAGAGCCGAUCAGAAAUUAAGUCUUGUCGGUAGUCCCAAUCAGAUUCUCAAGGCGGCGGCAACGGACACCAUGUCUUGCGAAACACUGAGUUUGGAUAGAAUUGAGAGAUGGGUGAUUUUGGGCUUUACGCUUUGUCACACAUGCUUGAAUCAAGAACAACCGAGCAAAUUGUGGAUCACCGCGCUUGAAUCUGGCUGGGUUUUGGCAUUGUUUAGAGACGAAGUGAUUUAUAUUCAUCAGUAUAUUCAGACAUUCUUUGAAGGUAUAAAAGGAUAUAGUAAAAGAGUGUCGGAAGUGAAGGAAUGUUAUAGUCAAGCAGUGCAAAAAGCUGGUUACAGGCACAGGGAAAGAAGAAAAUUCUUAAGAACGGCUCUGAAGGAACUAGGUUUAAUUUUAACUGACCAGCCUGGUCUUCUGGGGCCAAAAGCGUUGCUGGUCUUAAUGGGACUCUCUCACGCAAGAGACGAAGUUUUGUGGCUACUGAGGCAUGGAGAUAAUCCUCCUAUUCAAGGCAAAGGUAAAGGUCGAGGUAGCGAGGAUUUGGUGGAUCGUCAGUUACCAGAAUUACUCUUCCAUUGCGAAGAACUCCGAGCAUUAGUAAAAAAAUAUUCUCAGGUGCUUCAAAGAUAUUAUGUCCAGUUUCUUUCGGGAUUUGACGCCCCCGCUUUGCAUCAAAUGAUACAAAAUCUUCCGGUCUGUCCCGAGGACGAGGGGGCUAUUCUCAGUGAUAUGUGUUCAAUUAUAGCUAGUCUGACUGUAAAACAAGUUGAGGAUAAUGAGAUAUUUGAUUUUCGUGCCUUCCGAUUGGAUUGGUUUAGGCUGCAGGCCUACAUGUCUAUCGCAAAAUGUAACAUGAAUUUGGCUGACAACAGAGAAUUAGCUUCCUUCAUGGACACAGUAAUCUUCCACACAAAAAUGGUCGACAAUUUAGAUGAGAUGCUGGUCGAGACAUCUGAUUUGUCUAUUUUCUGCUUCUACAGCAAGAUAUUUGAAGAUCAGUUCCACAUGUGUCUCGAAUUUCCGGCUCAGAAUCGAUAUAUUGUCGCGUUUCCGCUCAUAUGCAGCCACUUCCAAAGUUGUACCCACGAACUAUGUCCAGAGGAACGUCAUCACAUUCGUGAGAGAAGUCUUUCCGUCGUCAAUAUGUUUCUGGACGAAAUGGCGAAAGAAGCAAAGAAUAUUAUCACCACCAUUUGCGACGAACAGUGUAACAUGAGCGACAAGUUGUUACCAAAGCAUUGCGCGUUGUUAAUCUCGCAAGUUGUUAAUCGCAAGAAGAAGGAUAAGAAUAAGAAAAAUAUGUAUGAGAUUCACAAGCCCGGCAUCGAGAGCUACCGGAAGACCCGCGAAGAAUUGACAACGAUGGAUAAGUUACACAUGGCGCUUACCGAGUUGUGUUACGCCAUCAACUACUGUCCUACCAUCAACGUCUGGGAAUACACUUUUGCACCGAGGGAAUAUUUGCAUCAGCAUCUGGAAUCGCGAUUUGCAAGAGCUCUAGUUGGAAUGGUCAUGUACAACCCGGAUACUAGCGAAAUAGCCAAACCGUCGGAGCUCUUCGUCAGCGUUCGAUCUUACAUGAACGUUCUUCAGACCAUUGAGAAUUACGUACACAUAGAUAUCACGCGUGUCUUCAAUAAUGCUCUGCUGCAGCAAACUCAGGAACUGGACAGUCACGGUGACAAGACCAUAGCCGCACUCUACACACAGUGGUACUCGGACGUUCUACUGAGGCGAGUCAGCGCCGGUAACAUCUGCUACUCCGCGAAUCAAAGAGCGUUUGUCAGUCUGUCGGUGGAAGGUGCUAUUCCGUUUAACGCUGAAGAAUUUUCUGACAUCAACGAACUGAGAGCAUUGGCGGAACUGAUAGGACCGUACGGCAUGAAGAUGCUGAACGAGAACCUGAUGUGGCACAUCGCCAGUCAGGUGCAACAGCUGAAGAAGUUGGUGGCGGGCAACAAAGACGUGUUGAUCGCUCUGAGAACAAAUUUCGAUAAACCAGAGGUGAUGAAGGAACAAUUCAAGAGGCUACAGCAAGUAGACAACGUUCUCCAACGAGUCACCAUAAUAGGCGUGAUUCUGAGCUUUCGGCAAUUAUCGCAGUCGGCGUUGGUUGAUGUAUUGGAGGAACGCAUACCAUUCUUGUUGAGUUCCAUAUUGGACUUUAGACAUCAUUUGCCAUCCGGCGACCCUAUGCGUGUUGUCUCGGAAAUGACAUCGGCCGCGGGCUUGACUUGUAAGGUCGAUCCCACAUUGACAACCGCGUUGCGAAAUCAAAAGGCCGAAGUCGACGAGGACGAGCACUUGCUCGUCUGCUUGCUAAUGGUGUUCGUCGCAGUUUCUAUUCCGAAGCUGGCUCGAAACGAAAACUCGUUCUACAGAGCCUCGCUCGAGGGCCACUCCAACAACAUACAUUGCAUGGCCACAGCUAUAAACAACAUAUUCGGAGCGUUGUUCACGAUUUGCGGGCAGAAUGAUAUAGAAGACCGAAUGAAGGAAUUUCUUGCUUUAGCCUCAUCAAGUUUACUGAGAUUAGGUCAAGAAGCGGACAAAGAAGCUACCCGCAACAGAGAGUCCGUAUAUCUUUUGUUAGACCAAAUAGUUCAAGAAUCUCCGUUCUUAACAAUGGAUUUACUCGAGAGCUGCUUCCCAUAUGCACUGAUACGCAACGCAUAUCACGACGUGUACAAGCUCGAGCACUCGCAACCGUGAAGUUAAUGGCAAAAUUGCGAGUGAGACGAAGUGCUGCGUUUCUUAUUUGCCACUCAGGGCUACUUUUUUACGUCCACUUGUAACAUCGGAGGCAAUUAACGCCCGUCCGAGCAAUAAUCUUCCGGAUGGAAUUUAGUUCCGGCGUCGAUAAAUUAAGAAAAAAAAAAAAA